CAGGGGGCGGGGCCUGGAUGCCUGCCAGGCUUGCCACCCUAGCAGCAGAGUCGGGGAUUGUGGACGUGGUCGCCACUUCCUGAGCUGCGGGGAUGGAGGCGUCGCGCUGCCGACUCGGACCCCGCGGGGACAGAUGUUCCAAAGAUGAGGAUGCCUGUCUAAUCGCCUAAGGGGAGGAAAUGCCACUAAACUUCUACUGGUGCCUUUGAAGAUGAGACAAUGAAGCUUCGACAGCUGAAACUAGAUAAUCAGAGAGCACUGCUGGAGAAGAAGCAGAGAAAAAAGCGCCUUGAGCCACUCAUGGUACAGCCAAAUCCAGAAGCAAGGCUACGUCGAUCAAAGCCAAGAGGUAGCGAGGAGCAAACUCCUUUGGUGGAACCUCAUACCCCACAGAAUGAUGUCAUCCUACAUGGCAUUGAUGGUCCAGCUGCCUUUUUGAAGCCAGAUGCUCAAGAUUUGGAAACCAAACUUCAUGUUCUUUCAGUAGGCUCUUCUGCUACAGAAGAGGAUACCGAAGGAAGUGUUGAUGGGGAAAGCACUAUGGAUACUGUGCCUAAGCCAGAUCUCCAGGAGAUUCUCCAAAAACAUGGUAUCUCAGGUAGUUUGAACUUUGAUGAAGAGGAGACUGAUGGGGAAGAAGAAGGAAAGAAAUUAUGUCAUUCGCCAUAUUCAGAUGCAGAGAGACCCAAUUCUGCAUCCAGCCAGAAAUCAACCACAGAUACAGGAGCUUAUGGUACUGCAGCCCAACAAAGUGAUAACCAGCUGGGAGAAGUGGAGAAUUUGGAGGACUUUGCAUAUAGUCCUGCCCCUCGGGGUAUUACAGUAAAGUGUCGGAUAACCAGGGAUAAAAAAGGAAUGGAUCGGGGUCUCUUCCCCACUUACUAUAUGCACUUGGAAAAAGAUGAAAAUCGGAAGAUAUUUCUUCUUGCAGGUAGAAAGCGGAAAAAGAGCAAAACAUCCAACUAUCUUAUCUCCACUGAUCCAACAGAUUUAUCUCGUGAAGGGGAAAGUUACAUUGGCAAACUCAGAUCCAACCUCAUGGGGACCAAGUUUACAGUUUACGAUCACGGUGUCAGCCCAGCCAAGGCCCAGGGUCUGGUAGAGAAGGCCUAUACCCGGCAGGAGCUGGCAGCCAUCUGUUACGAAACAAAUGUACUUGGAUUUAAAGGUCCUAGGAAAAUGUCUGUGAUCAUUCCAGGAAUGAAUAUGAAUCACGAACGGAUCCCAUUUCGGCCACGAAAUGACCACGAGAGCUUGCUUUCCAAAUGGCAGAACAAAACCAUGGAAAACUUGAUUGAACUGCACAACAAGUCCCCAGUCUGGAAUGACGACACACAGUCUUAUGUCCUGAACUUCCACGGCCGGGUCACUCAGGCAUCUGUGAAGAACUUUCAGAUAGUCCACGAGAAUGACCCUGACUACAUAGUCAUGCAGUUUGGACGUGUGGCAGAUGAUGUGUUCACCCUGGACUACAACUACCCACUGUGUGCACUUCAGGCCUUUGCCAUUGGACUUUCCAGCUUUGACAGCAAGCUAGCAUGUGAAUAAGAGAAAGAAAAAGGGCUGAGUUUUCUCACUCACA